AUGCGUCGUCACAUGAUGCCUGUGAGUAAUGGUGAUUUUCAUAGACAACCUGCAAGAUACCUGAUAUUUUCCCAUUUUUUCAGUGUCCAGCACUCACUUUCCCAGCCAGACGUUAGUCAGGUGGGGGAGAUCCACCAGCAAGCCAAGGAGCAAAAGAUCAAAACCGCUCAUCUCCUAGCUGUCAGCCAGGAACUCGCCAAACAGGUCACCCUCAAAUCUCGACAGGCAGCUGUUGAGAGAGCCAAAAGAAGAAAGACAUGGUCUGGGUCCCCAAGUAAAGUCACUGGUCCAAUUCUGGACCCAGAAGACCUAGAGGUGGGGCAGACCCUUGGGAGUUCUGAGAACUUGUCAAUGUAUCACAGAAGACAGGGGAGCUCGGAGUUAAUAGCACCACACCAUCGCAGACAGGAGAACAUGUACAUGUGAUAAAAAGUGACCAAUGCCUGGAAAAAUUUUUAAAGUGGAAUAUAUUUAACAUUCAGUGAUGUCUGAACUCUUGAACAAUUUGUCUGAUGUUACAGAAGAAUUUUAGAAGAUUUUUCAAACUGAUAUACAUGUAAAUGGCAGAAUUGGAAGACCCAUUCAGUGUGAUAUUAAAAAACAAAUAUUUAUGCAAGGUUUUUUUUUAAAGAUUUGAUUGGACUUUUUUAAAAGAUAGAGGCUAAUAACAAUGAUGUUGUGAUUUAAAAUGUCAUGUUUGCAGUAAUAAUUUAUAAAUUGUAGUGGAUUUAUAUCUGCUCUGUGAUAGAAUUCAAUGUGUGUACAAGUUAACUCCUAUUUGAGGUACAUGUAUACAUGUUCACUAGACAUUGUUUUUAAUAGUAUAUUCCUACACUAACAGUGCUACUAAAAUUCAAAAAUGGAGUGAGUAUUUUUGUAAAUGUAGAUUUAAACCAAGUUUUUGGUUGACCAGUAUUAGCAAGCACAGGGCACAUAGUAUAAUUCCUAAUCAGAAAAACAGGCUUAAGGUUCAGGACUAAUUGUAAUGGAAUCCAAGAUGCUAUAGUCGUUUUUCUGAAACAAAGUGUUCAUGUUUAUAUGUUCAAAGGAAAAUUUGGAGCAUAUGGUCAGAAUAAGAAAUAAUCUCAAAAAAGACAGAUUUUAA